AUGACUGAUAUUGCUAGUUUCAAGGAUCCUAUACUAUCUCUAAUAAGGGAUCCCAAUUUGAACAAAGACCAGGCCAAAUCCAACCAGAUCAUCAACCUCAUACAAGAAAUUUCCGAACGUCGGUUGAACAAAUUAUGUUCAUCUACAUAUGUAAUCUUGCAAACUUUGGAUAAAAUUCAACUCAAAUUCAAAAGUUGGGAGUUUUUAUCUUUGGAUUAUAAUUCAAAUACACAUUUUGAAAGUGUUGAUGAUAAAAUUAAGAUUUUCAAUACUGGUGUUGCUGAUAAAGUAAUACAAGCAUGUACUGAAUUGAAUUUCAAAAUGGUUAAAAUUGCAACUGAUAUUGAUUUAAUUAGUAAGUCGUCAAGGACGUUGUCGGUGCUGGAUUUAAUUUCUGAUGAAGGGACAAUGUUGACGUCGUUGUUGUUGCGAGUAAUUAAAUUGAAAGAUGAGAUUGUCGAACAGUUGUCGGUUUCGUAUUCGAAAGCGAAAUUAAUUUUAAUUGGACGAGAUUUGGAGUUGUUACAUAAUGAUGAUGAUAAUAGUGAUAGUGAUAGUGAUAGUGAUAGUGAUGAGGAGGAUGGUGGCGAUGGUACGGUCAACUAUUACAAGACAUUUAUUGUUACUUUAUUGAAGCAGUUAAAUGACGCGAUUUUAGCUAAUGAUUUCGACUCCAAAUACGAGUGUCUUGCUGUGAUUAAUGAUUUGGAAAAGAUGUUUGAGAAAUACAAGAUGGAAAAGAUGAUUGAUAGGAGGAUCAAAGAACAUGAUGAGGAGCGACAACAACAACAACAACAACAGCAACAACAACAGCAACAGCAACAACAACAGCAACAACAACAACAGCUACAGCUACAGCCGCAGCAGCGACAGCAACACCACAACCACCACCAUGCACAACAACACUACCAUACAACCGAACCAUCACCCAAAUCCGAUUUGCAAUUUGGUUUUGAUGAAGAUACUUCUUCAACAUCAGGAAGAGAUUCGCAUGGACUUGAAGACACAUUUUCCGAAUACUCCAUGACUUCAUCCACUGCGUUCCAAGGACAAUUGCCCAUGGUUAGAUCAAUAACCCAAUCAAAACAAGGAAGAGGAGGAGGAUUAAGAGAAUCAAGAGAGAGUAGAGAUUUCUACGACUAUGAGCUUAGCAAUAGUAGUAUGUACAAGUCAUCAAUUACUGAAGAGUUGCCGUAUUUGAGAACUGCAUUUGAUUCAGCCAAGAAUUUUGAAAACGAUGUGAGUCAUUAUAAACAAGAUGUUGUUGGAGGAAGGAAUGGAGAUGGAGAUGGAGAUGAUGGAUCAGAAAAGGAAAACAAGGGAUCGGGAACUACAAGAUCACGUCGUAAGAAGAAACAUCAAAAGAAGCAGAAUCAACGACAAACAGUAGAGGAAGAGGAGGAAAUAGAAGAAGAAGAUGGUGGUCAUUCAAAAAGGCAACCAUUUUUUCACAAGGUUAAUAAUCUACCACAAUCGUCACUUUAUACCGAAAGUAAAAUCUUAACACCACAUUUGCAAACAUCUACUACUACAACUCCAUUUUUGAAUACGAAUAGUUUAUUAAGAACUUUGGGAAUACGACCGCAGGUGAUUAAUGUGCCUCAAGAAAACACUGUGGUGGAUGGGUAUAACAAGAAACAAAUUGCAGCAAAGGAAAAGCAAGAUAAAGAAAGGAAGCAACAACAGCAGCAUCAAAAGUAUUUACCAUUGUCUGAAGAGAAUGUUCUUCAUUUGAGUCAUGAGUAUAUUGAUUAA